AUGGCUAGAAGCCAAGUUGACCACUCUUUCUUUUUUAAGAAAACGAAACGUGGUAUUGUGAUUCUUGUAGUGUAUAUAGAUGAUAUUGUUAUCACCGGCAGUGUGAAAGAUGGGAUACAAGUUCUAAUCCAUCACUUGAGUUCUAGCUUCCUUACUAAGGAUUUGGGCAAACUUCGGUAUUUUCUAGGAAUUGAGGUGGCUCGGUCGAAGCAAGGCAUUAGUCUUUCUCAGCAGAAGUAUACUUUAAAUCUCUUACAGGAUACUGGAUAUCUUGGUUUGAAACCCGUAGCUACACCCAUGGAGACUAAUGUAAAACUUAAGGUGGAUGAUGGUGACCCACUCGAUGAUCCAAAGAUGUAUCGAAGACUUAUAGGUAAACUUAUUUAUCUCACAAUCACUCGUCCAGACAUCUCCUAUGCAGUCAGUGUUGUGAGAAAGUUCAUAACUAGUCCUCGGGUACCUCACAUAGAGGCAGUUGUAUGCAUCUUGAAGUAUCUCAAUGGUGCUCCAGGACGUGGUCUGCUUUAUCGAUCUUCUGGACAUCUUCGGAUUGAGGGAUAUACAGAUGCAGAUUGGGCUGGUUCUCCUUCUGAUCGACGGUCCACCACGGGUUACUGCACCUUUAUAUGA